CAAAAAGUGAAGUACUUAUGAAAAACUGUUUAAAAAAUAUAGAGCAACAUAAUGAUGUUCUUACUACAAAACAAGGAACUAAAGAGCAAAUGACGCUAGGAAAUAUUAAUACUUCUCAGAACUUCAUUGAAAUAACUGACAGUUUGGCUGAUUCAGCAGUUGCAGGAACACCACAAGCAGCAGUAUCUUUCAGAUUAGUGUCUUCGCCAAAACAAGAAGAAAAUAGAAAAGUCCAUUCAAAAUCUAGCGCUGCCCAACCCUCUUUAAUUUCCGAAAGCAAUUUAGAAAAGAAAGAACCAGAAGUAGUGAAUCAGAUUUGUCUUAAUAGCACUCAGAAUGAAUUAACCAUGAGUAAUCCUCCAAUGUCCUUUACUAAAAUAAAUACAAACAUUGAUGGUUCAAUGAUACUGCCAGACAGUUUAUUGGACACUGAGGAAAUUUCUCUGAAGGAUAUUGAAAAAUGUAUGAAAAAACCCAUAAGAAAGACUUUUACUAUUCAUGUGGACACUCAAGACUGGGAGCAACUGAACAGUAAGAGUAUGAAUACAUUAGAAAUGUUUAAUGAACUUUGUUCUGAAGCUGCCUCUAAGGAGGGUUGUAAAGAUUCUAAGGAAGAAAUUGAAGAAGUAGCUCAUGAUUUUUCAUGUACUCAGAAGAGGGAAGAAAUGUAUACAGAAACAAUGAAAGAACAUAAUGAAACACAAAUAUCAAAUGUGUCUACUCAUGUUAAAAACAAUAAAUCUUGUACUUUGAAAGUUGAGGAUUCUUCCUUAGAUACCAAGAAAUUAGAACCAUCUUGCAAUUUAGAAAUAAGUUCAUAUAACAAUUUAAAGACAAGUUAUUCAUGCCCCAAAAUUAUUUCACUUUGUCCUCUAAAUGAAGGAAAUGACAAAAACUUCUCACUUAAUGAAAAUACAGAACUUGAAAAGAUUUCGGAAGAAAAGUUGUCUAAAAUACUUAAAAAUACUUCAUCAAGUUGUGAAAAGAGCAACGAUGUUAUAUCACAAUUUAGAAGAAAUGAUUCAAUGACACCAUCUUUAGAUUUAAAUUCUCAGCAGUUUGUUGCAACAUCUCUCAUUCCUAAUGUCAACAAGAGUUACGUGAAACGGUGGGAGAUAUUGCUAGAAACAAUCACAAAUAGCAGUACAAGUAAAACUAUCAAGCUCUCUGAUUCCACUGUAAAACUGGAAGUAACCAUUGAAAAUGAAACCCUUGUUCUUUCAGUUUCUUCUGUUUCUGACAAAGAAAAGAAGGAUGUCACCACUCAGGUAGAUACGGGUUUUUGCUUGAAAGCUAAUCACAAAAGCAUUCAGACAGAUCAAUCAUUGUUUAUUGAAGAUAAAGAAAAGGACCAAUGCUAUGGUAACCUGCAGAAUGAGGGUACAAAACAGAUAACUUGUGUUGAUAGAAAUAGCAUAGAAAAUUUGAACCAGUUAAUUCAAAAAGAUUUUACAACAUCUUCCAGAGAAGAUGUUAAGCCUGGUCUAGUUCUGAAUCAGAGUGCAGCUACUUUUGAGGAACAGAAUUUUAGAGUUGGCUUUAAUGAAAAUGUUAAACUUAAUAAUUCUGACAAGGACUCAUUGGUGCAUAUAAAACUAGAUAAUCCCAGUAACUCAAGACUAGAAAUAUUUCAACCUGUGAUUACAUAUGAGUGUGGUCCUAACAGUGUGUCUGAUUUGACUACUUGUAAUGAGAAAGUAGAUGUUUAUAAGGCUACCAUUCAAGAAGCCAAAUCAGUUUCUAGUUUAAAUAAAAUGGAUCAUGUUAUAAACACUGGCACUGUAGAGGUUGCAAAAACUGAUUCAAAAAGCAGUGACAUGAAGAUAUUUGAAAAAAAUCAUUCUAAUACUACAACUUUUAAAAAAUCAUUUACAGAAAAUAUAAAAAGUAGAGGCCAAAGCUUUGUUGAUAAGAAAGAAAAAUCUUAUUUAAACUCUGAAAAAAGUGAUUUUACUCUAGAAAUCAUCAGCCCAUCAGUACAAGACGAUGAGAACAGUAAUUCACAAUCUGUUUUGUUUGACAAGCUGAUUUCAGCAUAUAAAAUUUCUUCAUCUGAUGCUGAUGCAUUGUUUGCAGCUGAACUCAUUGAUCCUCUGGAGACUUUGACCACAAGACAACAGUCAUCGGGAACUGUAUCUUGUACAUCUAGAAAACUGAAACCAAUCAAAGAGUCUAAUGAUAGAAGUGAGCAAGACUUACUAACAACAGAAAACUUAAACAACAGAUGUGAUGAAACAAGAGCUUUGGUUAAUACAGAAUUGUACAAAUUUGCUGAUGAGAGUGUUCAAGAAAAAAAAUGUAACCAACAGGAAAUGUCACUUUGUGAUAAUGACCAAACAAAAUUAUGUCAUAAGGUGCUUAGAAGAAAAAAAUUUCAUCGAAUAAGACAACUUUCUGAUUCAUCAGACAGUUCAGAUGAAGAACUGCUUGAUGUGAAAGGAAACUUGAAACGUACAGCUGUGAUCAGUAAUGUAGAAAGACAGCCACCACAGUUAUCAAAUGAGAUGUUAAAGGAAGAAGAUCGACAAAAUCAGUCGUCAACACAGCUCUAUAAACAGGAUAAUCAAUUGCAAAGACUAGGUCAGUACGUUGAAAAAUGUCAUAAGUUUUCCGCUGAAAAUACUUAUGUAGAAGAAAGAUUCCAAUGGCCAUCUAAUGAAAUAUAUAUUUCAAAAGGACAAACUUGUAAGUUAUUCCAGGAACACAGCACAAAAGGAAUGUGUGAAGAAGAACACCAGAAAACUAAUUUAUUGGAAGGGCAUUCCGAAUUUACAGGACAGAAAUCGAACACUCUAGAUCCAUCACAUAGGCCAGCCCAAAAUUCAGAAGAACAGUUUGACUUCACAGAACAGCUGCGUGAUGCAAAAUUAUUAGAUCAGUUAACAGACCAAAAAGAGAAUUUGAAAGAAAUCAAUUCUUCACAGUGCUCUGAAGAACUCGUGAAAAAACCUUUUACUUUGAAUACUGACAUUGACAACAAAGACCUAUUUGAACAGUCUGUGAAUCAUUCAGUGGUUUGUGUGAACGAAGUAUCUACAAAUUUUGACGAGUCUUGCAGACAAGUGGGAAAUCUGGUUAAUACUUUUCCAGGAGCUGACCAUCAAACCCAAGAUAUUUUAGAUAGACAGAAAGAACCUCUGGAUAGCAAGGCUGUGUUAAUGGAAGAUUUAAGUAAAAGCCAAGUGUCUUCGUGGAACAAAAAUGAACUUGAAGUCCUUGAAAAAUCUUUGCAGCAGGAUACUCAAUCAAGUAAUAUUUUAUCCCACAUUCAAGUUUCAUGCCGAAAGGAUGUCCUUCCUAGGCAGAUAUCUACUUUUACAUCACAAGAAACUCAGAGAUCAGGUGCAACUUCUAACGACAUGACAACAUCAAGUGCCUGGUCAAGUCAAGGGGAAUCUUUAAGUGGGGAUCCAGACCUAAUUAAAAAGGAGAUAGAGGAAAUGAAACAAAGAAUCUUACAAAUGGAAGCAUUAAUCAAUGGAUCUAGACCUAUAUGCAAUUCAAAAGACAUUACGCUAGGGGACCAAGAUUUGGAUAACAACAGUCAUCAGAAAACUUUGCUACCUGUGCAGAAUAUAAGCUCAAAACAAAAAAAUUCUUAUGAUGAUCGUACAUCAAGAGGGAAAACAAGCAGCUGGGACUUUAAGAAUGAUGAGGAUAGUGGGGAAGAAAGUGAUGAUUUAUUUAAUACAGUAUCGCCAACACCACCUAAACGGUUACGUCCAGAUAAUUGUACAAGCUUAUUAGUAUCUUUUUCAUCAGCUAUGAAGAGAAAUAAAACAUGUCAUACCUGAAUUUUAUUGCAUGCUGAAACUUUUCUGUUGCAUAUAUUGCAGGCUUAUUGCUGUAUAGUUGCCCGUCAGUUACUAAUUUAGCAAGUUUCUUUGUUAGUAUACACUUUGUUUUGUUAGAAAUAACAGAGGCAUGUGGUGUCUGUUUCAUUACAUACAUUGAAAGUUUAUUAAUUUAGGUUUGGCCACACAUGUUCAGUAAUGAUACUGCAGACUUAGAACUAUUUUUGCCAUGUUAAGAAAUAUAACAACUUUGUGCUUUUAGAAUUAGAGGUAUUGCUUACUUCACACUUGGAGUAGAUUUUGUACAGUGUCAUUACCAUUUGUAAUGCUUUAUUAUAGUUUACAUUGUGUGAGGAUGCUAAUAUCGGAUUUAAGAAAAAUGAACACACAUUACUUUGGCAACAUGUAAAGUAGUACAUAAAAGAAACAGUUUGUUUUGUACAUUUAUGUAUUCAUAUGUAAUAUAAAUGAGACCAACUAAAGUUAAAGAUAACUGAAUCGGGACAAAAAUUAUGUCUACCAUUGCAAGAAUAGUAUAUUGUAUUAUGAAAUGUAUUUCUCUUAUAAAACUAAAUGUUAUCGUUAAAGCAAGCCUAAGAAUUGUGAAGGUGUUUGUUCUUUUCAGAAAUAUUCAGUGCCAAGACAUGCACCAUAUAAUUUUAUCAAAAGCUAUUAUUUUUGAAAGAAAUGGGACAUAAAACAUAGAAAUAAAUCUUAACAGUGAAAUAAUGGAAAAGUAGUCGCUAUAUAUUUGGUAUGAUAAGAAGAAGAUGAAUUGGUUCAUAUGUUUUUUUUGAAACUUCUAAAUUUGAGAUGUUGUGUAGUAUGUUUAUAUAAAGUAUUUUGAUUUAACUAGCAUUUCACUUGAGUGAAACAUUUUCACUCAUA